AAUUAUAAAUUACAUUUGUAUUUAGUAUUUAUUUGGAAAACUAAUUACUAAUUACGUAUUAUAACAUGAAUUUUACAUUCCACAUCAUAAAUGAUCCGCAGCUAUAGGGAACGUAGAAAGCAUAAUCUAAAAUGUUUCAAACGUCAGUUCUAGGUUAAAACGCACAGAUUCCUUAGUUCUAAGUUAAACAGCCUCUCAUCCGUCUUGGUGUUAAUAUUUCUUUGCUUUGCUGUAGUUUUUCCUUUCUUUGUUGUUUGAACACUUUGGCGCAACCACUUUGUCUGAGAACUUAUGGUAUGGAACCUAACACCAGGAGAAGUGAGGAACGAGGAGCUGAAUUUGGAGGAUAUUUCGAGACCGACUGCCACCGACCAGGAGUCGACGUGUCUUCCUCGCCCUGCGGCGAGGCCGUUAAAAAAUCCACGAAGGGCCCAAGCCAUAUAACUGUCGGAGCCAGUGGCUGGGGGGAUGGUGGGGAGCCACCGGUACCGUGGACUUUUGCGCACCCUGCCCUACAAACGGACUACCGCAACCGAAGACUUCCGAAAUAACUGGACAAAGUCUGAGGAGCUUCCGCUCUUGUUUCCUACGUCGUUCAACCGUUUUCACGCUCUUCUACUUCUUUCGCGAAUGAAAAUACGUCGUUGCGGUCAAAACUCGCAGUGACUUUUGCCGCUUUACGAAAGUUCACGAUAAAGUUCCUGGGUCGGACAUCGCCGCAGUGUUAGUCCGCAACCGAAUAACAGCACGUGAAACGAGUGAAAUUGUGACGAGAUGGCAGAUAAAAAGGAUAAUCAGAAUGAUGAAUCAGACACGAGAAGACCAAGAAAGAUUGAAAAGUCACCGCCAGAUCUUCAUAGAGAAUAUUUAGACAUGGAUACGGAUGAGGAAGAGUUUGGUCACCAAGAAACCCCAGAAUCUGAGGAAGAGUUACCUGCUGAACCGGAAAAGCCUAUAUUUACUCUAGAGGAACUGAAUACACUAGUGCAGUACGUAAUGGAUUUUACUGUUCUUUAUGCAUUAGAUGAUUCAGACUGGAAUGAAGAAUGUUGCGAAGUCAUAAGAGAAUAUUUUCGCGAUCCCACUAAAAUAAUUCUCACUGUUUUCUAUGAUCACAAUUCACUAAAAUCGAUGCUCGAGUUUCCAACUUAUCCUGUGGAUGGUCUCACCUACUUUUUAAGAUCACCCUGGCAAAUUUAUAAUGCUGAAAAUUUUCUGUCUACUAUUAUAUUUGGAAGCAUUAAUCACAAUGUAGAAAACGCUGUACUGAAAUUCAUGGAGAACAUAUACUCACCUAUGGUGUUUAGUAGCAAGGAAUGGCCACAAACAAUGAGAGAUGCUAUCUGUACAAAUUUAAAUAUGUUUCUAAUAAGUUUAAACGAUGCUACCUAUAAGGCUAUGGGCCUUACGAUACUUUAUAUACCCAGAGAAGGUUUAAAAUUUGAAAAAUUAAAAUCACCGGCUUAUGAAGAGUAUAUCCUACUGGAAAAUGAUGCCGAAGAAGAGCCUGAAAAAAGUGAAAGUGAAGAGAAUGAAUUAAUUGGUAGAUUGGAAAAAGUAGCACGUUACUGGAUCAGGCAGAUACGUGAAGCUUUGGCAAAGGAUACAGCACCUUAUAAUAUCAAUAGCAUAAUAGAUGAGUUUGCAUUUUGGAAUGACAGACAUGGUAAUUUGUCCUGCUUGCAUAGUCAGCUGAUAAACGAGAAUGUUCUUUUCAUCGUGAAAAAACUAGAGAACGUUCGGUCGGCUAGUGUAAGACAAUUCGCAUCGCUAACUGAAAAAGUACAAAUGGGAAUAAAGGAAGCUGCUUCAAAUAUUAUUUAUUUAAAUACUUUAACUGAGCUUUGUGAGAAGCUAAAAGCUCCUGAAUCCGUUAAGCCUUUCAUAACGGAAAUAUUGUUUCUAAUACAAUUUAUCUGGACGGAUUCGCCGUUUUAUAAUACUUCAAAUAAAAUUGAAAUUCUUUGCCGGGCUCUGAGCACGCAAAUAAUAAAUCAAUGUCAAGAUUAUAUUGAACUAGAUACUAUUUUUGAAGGCGAUACAGAAAAAGGAAGAAGCAUGUUAAAAAAAUGCAUUUCCUGUUGUCAAGAUUACAAAGAGAUUUAUGACAGACUGACCAAUAUCACUUCGGAUAUUGAAUCGCGUAAGAAAUGGAACGUGGAUAAAGAAAAGGUGUUUAAUCACGUAGACACGUUUACGCAACGUUGCCACGAUGUCAUUGAAAUUUGUGAUGCAGUUACUGUUUUUGGCAGAAGUUAUAGAGAGAAUAAAUUUGGAGGCAGCAAGGGACUGGAACACAAAAAGCAUUAUGCAAAGAUCGAAAGUUUAUUCUACGAAAAUCUUGAUAUGAUUAAAAAUUCCUAUGAUGAUAUUUUGGACGUUGCAAAGCCCGUUUGGCUUGAUGAUAUAAGCGAAUUCAGGCAUCACAUGAUGGAAUUAGAAAAUAUGGCCAGAAACUUAAUUGACGAUAUGUUUGCUGACGUUCAAAACGUAGAGGAAGGAAUUGAAGCGUUGUAUGCACUUCGAAUGUUUGAAGAACGACAAUACUUACGGGAGACUUUGCAUAACAAAUGGGUUGGGGUUUGGCAAAUUUUUAAUAAAGAACUGGAGAAUUGUGUAACUACAAUUAUUGACGAAUUGGACAUGCAUCAUCCGUCGGUGCCAUAUUAUUCAGGACACGCAACUGCAUUACGAAUAAAACGAAAUUAUUUAUCCAGGCAACAUGAAAUUAUGAUUAAUUCAUCUGAUUGGUUUGGAGAUUGCGAUGCCCAAUUAGAAAUUUUACAGAAGUACAAGAAUCUAAUCAUCGGUAUUAUCAAUAAGGAAAAAGCACUGUUCCAAUCGUGGAAUGACAAAGUUGACGAUAUUACAAAUUUUAAAAUGAAAUUGAAAGUACCAGUUUUACAGCAGCAAAAGGAUAAGACAGAAUUAAUCCAAGUUAAUAUGGAUCAAAACCUGCUAAUGAUAAUCGAGGAAAUUAAAGGAUGGAAUAAACUGAAGUAUGAUGUGAAACAGUAUAUAAAAGCACUUCCGCCCAAAAUGGAUUCAUUGAGAAACAAAUAUCAAGGGGCAGUAUCAUUGUGUAUCCAAUAUAAUGGAGUUCUAAAGACCUUAUCUAAUAAGGAACAACUUCUGUUCAAAGAAUUACUGAAAAGUCUCAGGAACUCGAUUUCACAAGGAUUUGACAAAAUUACAUGGGAUUCUGAUUCUCUUGAAAAGUUCUAUAAUGAAUGCACUGCCCAAAUAUUACAGUCUAAGGAAGUCAUACAGACCUAUAAAGAAAUAAAUUUAAAAAUCCAUCAAUUGUUUGUUAACAUAUCUAUGGUGAACCUCAUUAGUAAUGAUCCUACAAUAGAGACGUACACACUGGAUGAUCUUAUAAAUUACUUGAAUGAGGAAAGAAACCGUGGAAUCACAGAAAUACUAGAGUAUCAUAGUAGUAUAGUAAAAAUGAUACGAAAAUUAGAAAAAAUGUUUGACGCCAACGCAGAAGAGAUAACGGAGUACUGGACGAACUAUAUUGAGGAGAUGGACCGAAAUUUAUGUGAUUCACUCAUUCUGUGUAUUCAACGCUCAUUAUCAUCAUUGAUACAGUUUUUUGACAGAGACAAUAUUGCCACGCCAAUACCAUUAUUAAGAAUAAAAGCAAACUACCUAAAAAAUAAGAUAAUACUCCAACCAGAAGUGCAAUUGAUAAACCAGGCAAUAAUACAAAUAUGCAAUUCGAUCAUAUCUGUUGUUUGUUCGGUAUCACAGUUUUCGAAAAUAAUGCAAUUAAACCUCAAAUCAAUAGAAAUCAAACAAUGUAUUAACGAUAAUGAAAAAUAUCGCAAUUUAAUCAAAGAAAUUAACACAGAAAUGGAGGCCGUACAAGGUUGGAUUGAGGAAUACUUGGCAUCUAUCGAUCUUAUCAAAGAAGUAUCAAUUAUUUUUGACCAAAUAUCUACACAAACAAUUACUGAUGCUACGAUAGAUCGAAAUAUCAUUGAAGCUCAUAUUAUACAAUGUACAAACUUGAUAAUCAAAAUUCAUGCAGUUGAAGAUGAAGUUCAAGCUCAUUUUAUCUCCAUAGAUUUAAGAGUAUUGAAAUCAACAAUGAUAGAAAUUUGUGAUAAGUGGAAAGAAUCAUUGUGUGUAAGAUUAAGUAAAAUGAUUGCCGCUGAUCAAAUAUCAGAAACCAUAACAACUUCUGCUGAAGAAUUAUCAAUAUGCAGCACAUCAGUAGAAAACGGAUAGAAGCAUCAUCCGAUUAGUGUAAGAUGAUAAAAAUAAUAAAAAAAACAACGAUCAUAAA